AAUUUUGCAAAAUCAUUUUAAAUUAUUCUUUUAUAUAUAAUGAGCACACUACAUGAAUAUUUCCUGAAAAUCUAUACUAUUUUUAAUAGAAAUCAAAUUUAAAGUUUGAAUUUUAGAACCGCGCCAAAAACGCUAUUCCUGUGAUGGCGCCGGCAGAUGACGUCUGUGACGUCACACGCCAGUAAACACGAUCACGAGCUGUCAGCCGAAGUUAAUUUCAUUAUUGUGCUUGAUUUUGCUAUAAAAUCAUAGAUAAAAUGGUCUAUAAAUGGUGUGUAGUGCCAAAAUGUACGAAUACGUCUAUAAAUAGUCCACAAACAUUGUUUGUUUCUGUUCCAACCGAUUGUAAAAGACGAAAAAAGUGGUUACUAUUGGCUCGGAGAGACCCAAAGGGCAUUUCAUCGACUUCAAAUGUAUUUAUGUGUGAAGAUCACUUCGAUAUGGAAAAAGACACCAUUAACUACAUGCAGUACAAAAUGGGUUUCAGCAAGAAGAUACUUUUGACAGAAGAUGCUGUGCCAACAAAAUUUCAUUGUCAAGAAGAUCGUAAAAGACCACUGUCUGAUGCUGGACUUCUCGAGGAGCAUAUGUCAAGAGGAAAAGAAUGGAUUUGGUCACCACAUGUUUGCAAAGUCAAAAUGCUACUGAAGCCCAAGCUGAAAGCUUAUAAAAAGAUGAGAGUUUGAUACAAGACAUUAUUGAACCUCAAGGUUUAUCAAGAACUCAAGACAGAGAAACUAUUACCAACUCAAUCAUAACUGCAGAAAAAUCUGUGCAAGUAACAAUAAAAGAGAAUGUGCAUCAUAGGAGCAAAUCUGUGCAAACAAGAUGCCAGACUACAAGUAUUUCUACCUCACCAAUGAAAGUUUCUACAACAUCUCGUUCCACUUCGCCCUUUAAGAUUAAACCAUGCAGUCUUCGACCAUCACAGUCUGAAAUUGUCAAAGCAGUCAAGAGAAAUGUUUUUCUUGAAGAUGAAAAGUCAGAUAGUGAUAUUUCCUGUAUUGAAUGUGGUCGUCAUUUAUCACCUUUUGUAACUAAAUCAGCAUCAUCAUCAUCAGGGCUUACCGACUCUGAUAGUAAUGUUACAGAUGCCAAUGAGAAUAUUGAAAAAUUAGAGUGCCUCAAAAUUACUAUGCGUUCAAUCUCUAAAAAACCAAUGAUGUAUGUUGGUAUUCCAAAAGAAUGUUAUUUCUUAAUCAAAUUGUUACAUAAACACACAAGCAUAAAAGUAGAACACAUUUUGCUAUGCUUGAAAAAGAUUAGAAUGAACAGUACAUUUUCUGAACUGGAGGAUAAUUUUGGAAUAUCAUUAUCUUAUGCUAGUAAAUUGUUUCU